AUGCAUCGACUUUUUGCUGAGCUGGAGCCAUCUGUAACCGUCACCGAGCAAAACCUGGCAGACCGAGUUCGGUAUAUCUUGCGCUCAAAUACAUUUGAUGUUACCGAACUCAAACGGCUACGACGUGAGGCUGUUCCUUCAUCGGGUGAAAAUGCUGCGGCUGAGGAUACGGCGCCACAACUUGCUGAGCAAACGGCAAAUGUGGAUGCCGCUGUGAACACGCCAGUUGUGGUUGAUUCAGACGAUGAUGGGACAGUCGCCCAGAAACUGGAACUAGAGCAAAUGAGGAGUACAUUGGAAGAGGCGAUUGUGAAAACGCGCAGUACGCCUCUCGAAAAUCGACCGCGACUUCCCCGUUUAGACCUAAGCAAGCGGAAUCGGGCUGUCGUGAGGGCUCUGAACCCAAAGCUGGUUACCUAUUUGGAAGCCAGCCGGGACCUUGUCAAUUCUUUUUGGCGCCGCACUGGCAGUCUGCCGUAUUAUAGGCCCAAACUUUCCACGGCUGGACGCGCUACUGGACAAAGUAGUGCUAUCCCAGCCUGGAGAAUAAGAAUUGAAGAACGUAUCGCAAAGGCUAGGGCCCUCAUCGGCAGACUGAUAUGCUUCAGGUCAGGCAAUACCAGGCCAAGGAUUGUGCGCACCGUCAGGAUGGCGUUUGCUGGGACAAAUGUUAGUUUAUCCCAGCCGGAUAUAAUGCAAAAACUGACGGAGCGCAUAGACGACCUGAAGCAAAGAAUCGCUGCUUGGGGAAAGCGGAUUCGGCGAUAUACCGAGAGGUAG